AUGGAUGUCGAGGAUCUUGAUCUCUUACUUGAGCAUGUAGACAAAGCAAAUUUCAAGAGGACGUGCAACUAUCUCACAAGUGCAGCAAAACCAGUCAUAUUGGUAUUUUACUGCGGGUGUUCAAUGAUAGUGCUCGUUAUGCUGACCAAGGAGCAGGCAAGAGAAAAGUUUCUAGGCUUGUGUGGAAGCACUCUCUGA